UAUGUAAAUUAAUGUGCUUGGCGAGGUAGUAACAAACCUGCAGCUGAAUGGUCGUCAUGGCAACAGCCGAAGGUCCUGCCUUUCAGCUGACAUGAGAGAAUUAUGUUCGCGGUUUCCCGGGAUGGUGAUGGAGGGGCGGAGGGGAUGGGAAAGGUUUGCCGAUGGCCUCAGUGUUGAGAACUAAAAUUUCGGUAGCAUGAGGAAGAUAAAUUGAUGGGAAAUCAAAGGGUUCGGUCGAAUUAGGUCGUGAAGGCAGCAGCUUUUCCUCAGUCAUGCCAGUUCUUAAAUUCGAUGCUGAGUCACAAGAAGGUAUCCCAAAAUCCUCCUGUAAUAAGCUUCCAUCAAAGACUAUGGAGGAAAUAGAACACACCUGCCCUCAGCCACACACGACAUUAAAUGAACCUGCUGCAUUUGCAGAUGAAAUAAGCUGUCAGUGCAAAGCUCCUCACGAGAGACUGACCAUUGCUCAGGCCCGCUAUGGAACACCAGUUGACAGACCAGUGAGAGUUUAUGCAGAUGGAAUAUUCGAUCUCUUUCACUCAGGUCAUGCCCGGGCUCUCAUGCAGGCUAAAAAUCUCUUCCCAAAUACCUACCUACUCGUGGGAGUGUGCAGUGAUGAUCUAACACACCAAUACAAAGGUUUCACUGUCAUGAAUGAGAUUGAGCGGUAUGAUGCCUUGAGACAUUGCCGCUAUGUCGAUGAGGUUAUCAGGGAUGCACCAUGGACACUGUCCCCGGAGUUCCUGGAAAAACACAAGAUUGAUUUUGUGGCACACGAUGACAUUCCAUACUCCUCUGCUGGAUCAGAUGAUGUCUAUAAACACAUUAAGGAAGCUGGUAUGUUUGUUCCCACACAAAGAACAGAGGGCAUUUCCACCUCUGACCUAAUCACCAGAAUUGUACGAGAUUAUGAUGUUUAUGCCAGACGUAACCUCCAAAGGGGUUACACAGCCAAAGAGCUUAACGUUAGUUUCAUAAAUGAUAAGAAGUAUCGUUUCCAAAACCAGGUUGACAAAAUGAAAGAAAAAGUGAAAAACGUAGAAGAAAAGUCUAAAGAGUUUGUUUACAAAGUGGAGGAAAAAAGCCAUGAUCUUAUACAAAAAUGGGAGGAAAAAUCAAGAGAAUUUAUUGGAAACUUUUUAGAGCUAUUUGGACCAGAUGGAGCCUGGAAACAGGUUUUCCAGGAACGAGGCAGUCGGAUGCUUCAAGCUUUGUCUCCAAGACAGAGUCCCUCAAGCAGCCCAACAAGAGAACGGUCGCAAUCUCCGACCUUCCAGUGGCCCUUUAGUAAAACCUCACCCCCAUCGUCCCCAAAGGCUGCGUCUGCCUCUGGCAGUAGCAACAGUGAUGGAGAGGACGAUGAAAACUGAAUGAAUAAGGACCAGCAGCACGUGAGCAGAUGAACAGGAUCAGCACUGAUACAAUCUCAGGCCAACCUCGACCUUUUGCUCUCCAUCAUUCUCAGGCACUUAAUAGAAUCUGAUCAUUACUAUGUAGUACUACAAAUUAUUUGUGCAUACAUCACAAAUAGUAGAUACUAGAUUGUACCAGACUCUCCAAUUUCAAGAAUUAGCUCUAUGCUUAAUACUGGAUACAGCAAUGUAAAUGGCUCCCUAGUUGCUGGAGAAUCUGACACCAUCCCUCAAUAUGAAACCAAAGCAAUCUCAGAGAGCAACAGUAAUAGGAGAUGGUAGAUAAGCGUUUCGGCUGGUAUUAUGAAAAUUGCUUGAAUAAUUGCCAAAUCAAGCAUCAUUUCCCAAAUGAGGUGACCCAACAUAAUACACAAAACAAAUUCUAAGAUUUCUUGAUCAAACGACUUAACUACAUGAUCUUUAAGGAGCUUAAACCUUCUUCAAAAUAUAAUAUAAAAUAACAAAAAAAGGAUAACCGUAAUAUCCUACCUUGCAAAAUUUGUUGACUUCUGAGCUGUCUUCUAACUUAAUGAGCAGAUACCUUAAUGACCAGUCUGAAGAAGGGUCUCGACCCGAAACAUCACCCAUUCCUUCUCUCCAGAGAUGCUGCCUGUCCCACUGAGUUACUUCAGCAUUUUGUGUCUACCAAAAGAUCCUUAAAUACGUCUCAAAUAUAGCGUUUACUUCAACUUUCAAUGUUUCACAGUUUCAGCAAUUUUUACCAUUGUCAUCACAAAGUGAAACAGGUAAAAUCAACAUUUAAAUCUGUGGAAACAUUGGCCCAGAAUCUGUUGUGAAUUAAUAUAUUGUUUAAAACGUACACUCAGUUAUUAACCUCUAAACUCUCGUCAGUUUAUGGUGAAGAUGUUUUAUGAGUUACAAAUCACCUUUACUUAGCUGUUACCUUCAUGAAAACAAGGGCUCCCCAAGAAAUGCUUAAAGAAACAUUUAAUUAAAAUUAAUCAGACUUAUCACACUAAUGUAGGGCUGGAACCUAUUGAUCCACAAGUUAUUAUCUGCAGAGAUUUACUUUCCAAAAAUUUCCCUCCAACUUUCCAAAAAGAGAACAAUUGAAAUUAAUCUUAUUCCCGAAGAUAGGAAGGAGAUUGCA